GCCAGUCUUCUGGCCAGUCAUGGCUUUGCUGUCUUGGCCUUGGCUUACUGGGACUAUGAAGACCUCCCUUUCCAACUAGAGAAAGGAGAUUUGGAAUAUUUUGAGGAAGAUGCCAACUUUCUCCUGAGACAUCCUAAGGGUAGGAAAUACCACUUGGUCCCUUUGCCGGUUGCCAAUGUUCCAGCUGACAGCCACCCCGGCAAGUGCCCUCGCGGAUGAGCCCGUGCACAUCCGAGUGACAGGCCUGCCCCCACUGCAGACGGUGACACUCAUGGCAUCUAUGAAGGAUGAGAAGGGGAAUCUGUACCAGUCCAGAGCCUUCUACAGGGCCAGCAAGGCUGGUGAGCUGGACCUGAAGCAGGCUCCUGCCUUGGGCGGCCACUACGUGGGGGUCCACCCUAUGGGCCUCUUCUGGUCUCUGAAGCCUGAGAAGGCUUUUGAGAGGCAGAUUAAGAAAGAUGUGAUGAACAGCCCCUUUUGGAUCACUCUGGAGCUAUAUGACUCCGUUUAUUUACAAAAGUCAGGGGAGGUUCAGCCCAGGGCCAGCCAGGUGGUGCAGCGUUGGUUCUCCAGCCCUCAGAUGCAGCGGGUGCAGGUCCAAGAAGGUCGUGUGCGAGGAGCCCUUUUCCUCCCUCCAGGGGCAGGCCCUUUCCCAGGACUCAUUGAUUUGUUUGGGGGCAUCGGGGGUCUAGUUGAGUAUCGGGCCAGUCUUCUGGCCGCCCACGGCUUUGCAGUGCUGGCCUUAGCAUAUUUUGCCUACGCAGACCUGCCCAAGCAGUUGCAGGAGGUGGACCUGGAGUAUUUUGAGGAAGCUGCCAACUUGCUACUAGCUCAUCCCAAGAUCCAAAAGCCAGGAAUUGGAGUAAUCUCUGUGAGCAAAGGUGCAGAGAUCGGGCUGGCCAUGGCCUGCUACCUGAAGGAGGUGGCAGCCACUGUCUGCAUCAAUGGGUGCAAUGCCAUCUUUGAAUUUCCGCUCAAGUACCGGGAUCUGGUUAUAACACCCAUCCCCUCGUUGCCGGAGCGCAUGGAGUUCAACAUCAUGGGCGCUUUGUGCCUCCGUCACUACAAGGGGAACCCCCGAGAUGCACUGAAUCAACACAGUGUGCUUCCUAUUGAAAAGGCCCAGGGUGCGAUCCUCUUCGUUAUAGGGGAGGAUGACGAAUGCUUCAAUAGCAGAGAGUACGCUGAGCAAGCCCUGGACCAGCUGCGGAGGCACGGCAGAAGCAACGGAAGGAUGCUGCUCUACCCCGGGGCGGGCCACCUCAUAGAGCCGCCCUAUUUGCCCCUGUGCUAUGCGUCCUGGAGCCGCGGCCUCUUCUGCCCCCUGCUUUGGGGGGGGGACCCUGUGGGCCACGCGGCAGCCCAGGAGCACGCCUGGGGAGAGAUCCAGAAAUUCUUCAGGCAACACCUUGUUCAGAGCAGAAGCACACUCUAAGGGUGAUGAUAGGGGAGGAGAAACAAAAAAAUUGG